AUGGCGAUGACUUCUGAACCUUCUGAUUUUCAAACCCUCUCAUGUCCAUCUCUUACGAAUAAUAAUAACAACAAAAGCUUACGCCAAUUCGAGCCAUCAUCUACAUGUGUAUAUUCGACAUACAAUCGAACCUUCAACUUACCUCUCUCAGAAGCUAGUCCAAUGCAUAAACGUUCGUCAAAACUGUACACAUGCGGAUCGAAUACGCCGCCAAACACAAACGACUACAGCAGUAUUCAUUGGCAAGAUAACAGACUUAAGUAUCAAGAUCCGCUGCCGUUCGCAGAGAAAACAAACUCUGCUAAGAUUCGCAAAUCAAUCAUCUCUUUACCAAUUCGACCCCCUCCAGCACAGCUUUCAAGCUCAGGGUCACAUUUGCACAACAUCAACAACGAAAAGCCCAGCAGUUUAUCUGAAUCUCCGAGCUUGAUAUCGAUGUAUAAAGAUGCCGAUAGAAGCUCACCGCUUACCAUCCAGAGAUUGUCGAAGGAAGAUAUCACACAUGGGGAGAAAAAGCCUGCACUAACACGCGCCUGGGAUUCUACCACCACAGUCUUUGACUCUUAUGCCCAUCCGUAUGGGAGCAACGACAAAAGCCCUGCGAAUACAGAAUGGAGCGGUCAACAAUCCAUUCAUAUAGUUGAGAAGAAGCGGUUCAGGCGGAAUCGUUGUGGUGUAAGGCGUUGCUGGAAAGCCAUCAAGGAGAGCUUAUCCAAGCAAAUCGAUCCGAAGGUCUUUCUGGAAAUGAUUGACGUCCGACAAAUAUUUUGGCCGUUUGGUAUUUGGAAGUACACCGUGUUGUUAGGCGUUGCAGUUAUCAUCGCAGGUAUCGUACUCUCAGAGCACUACACCAAAUGGAUAGAAAAGUCCAUGGCCAUUACGAGGAGUAACAUGCUUCCUAUCCUGGUGCUUGUACUGGCACUGGAACCUAUCAUGAUAUGGAUCGUCCUCCUUGUCGUCCGAAUCCCACGAUUAGAUCCGGAAUAUUCGUUGCAUUGCACAGACGCCGAAGCCAACUCAGGAAUUUUCAACGAAACAAAGAAUGCGGCUAGUUUCAACGAGAGUACCAAAAGCAUAACCGAGAAGGUCGGAAUCGAAUGUGCUGUAGAGAGAACAGGUGAACUCAAUGUCUCAGCUAAGGAGAGAAAACCUACUGAAGGAGCUUCUCCAGACGUCAAAGAUCUAGAUCAUCGGACAGCUCUGGUUAUUCCAUGCCAUAAUAGCGAUAGAGAUGCCAUGAGAAAGGUCUUAGAAUUAGCAUAUCCGCACUUCCGACCCCAAGACGUAUGCAUUGUCGACAACGGACGCACAAAAUACCCGCCAGACGACUUUCGAGGUUGGAUAAGAACGCAACACCCCGAUAUCGUGUACAUAUGGUCGCCGAUAGGGAGUAAAAACUGUGCGCAACUUGUUGGCGCCCUCGCUUGUCGCAAUUACGACUCCAUCAUGACAGUAGAUGAUGAUGUUUCUAUUCCUAGGAACUUCCGGGCUCCAACUGACAAGAUAGAUGAUGUGACGAAGGGCGUUGCUUUUCCUCUGCGCGCAAUCGACGCAUCCGGAAAAUCGCCUCUGUUCCUAGUAGCGUGGCAAGACUGCGAGUAUAAGAUGUCUGGCCUAAGCAAAAUGGCAGAGUCGAGCUUGUGUGGCGUGUUGUAUCCUCAUGGCGCAGGUUGGUUUUGUGAGAGGGAUACUUUGAUUGACCUGAUCAGCAACUACCAUUCGCUCGACUUCAUCGCUGAAGACGUCAAUACUGGAUUGAGCAUGCAGAAAAUGAAGAAGAGGAUCGCGAUGGAUUUUCGAGUCGUACUAGAAACAGAAGUCCCAACGACAAUUUUUGGACCUGGUCUGAACUGGUGGCAACAAAGGAAGAACAGCUGGGAAAUGGGACGACAUGGUAGAUUGCUCGGUUUCGCUAGUCGGUUAUUCUUAUCUCUGAAUGGGCAAAAUACCUUCAAAGGCAUCCUCACUCAGAAAUUCGUACAUGCAUACGCUAUUGCCACGUUGAUUGUGGAUUGGGUGCGUGUUCCUGUGCUAGUCACGAUGGCGGGCGAUUCCAGCUUUUGGCGACAAGCUCUUUUGCUCACUUUAGUAUCGAUGAUACCGCUGUUGGUCUUCAAAUAUGUUCAUACCAGAAGACGCUCAGAUCUACAGCCUAGAUUCUGGGGAUGUGUCACAUAUCCUGUUUACAAAUGGUUAUACGCCGUUGUGAGUAUCUUUGGGGCUAUUCGUAGUGUUAUUUGGUAUUUUGGUGGUCACAAGAGGGCUCAGAAUGUACGUACAAUGAUCCAGAAUGGCGACGAGAGAGUGUUUUGGCUUGAUCCUAGAUUUCUUGCGAAUCCCGGAUUCCUUGCUGAUGAAGGGGGGGCAUUGCUCGCAGGAUUGACUGAUGACGCAAACCGAAAGUGCGAGCGGGCCAGCGAAGAGUGUUCAAAUUCUGUGGGGAUAGGAAAGGUAUUUUAG